AUGGAGCCCAAAGGUACCAGUCUCACCGAAUACAGCUCCGCCGUGCCAGAUACCGGCGCCACGAAGGACCCCGUCGCGCGGGCAGCCAUUCCCUCUGCGCUCACACAAGAUGACGGCGCCCCCGACUACAUGCGACUCAUCCUGACAUCUCGGGUCUACGAUGUCAUCAAGGAGACGCCCGUCACGCAUGCCGUUAAUCUGUCGAACCGACUGGGCUACAAGGUGCUUAUGAAGCGGGAGGACCUGCAGCCGGUGUUUAGCUUCAAGCUUAGGGGCGCAUAUAACAAGAUGGCGCACAUGCCGGUGGAAGACCGCUGGAAGGGCGUGAUUGCCUGUUCUGCCGGUAUCUCUCUCUCCCCCGUCCCCGCCUCUCCUCCCGCCCCCGCCGCAUUGAGAGCUCCCGCAGUUACUUACCCGUGCACAGGAAACCACGCCCAAGGCGUCGCCUACUCGGCCAAGCACCUCGGCAUCCCAGCCACCAUCGUUAUGCCUCUCGCCACGCCUAGUAUUAAAACCGCCAACGUCGCCCGCCUCGGCUCCCAAAUCGUCCUGCACGGCGCCGACUUUGACGCCGCGAAGGCCGAGUGCAAGCGCCUUGAAGAGAAGCACGGCCUCACAAAUAUCCCCCCCUUCGACGACCCGUACGUCAUCGCCGGCCAAGGUACCAUCGCCAUGGAGCUCGCCCGCCAGGCUAACAUCGCAGACCUCAAGGCUAUCUUCUGCUGCGUGGGUGGUGGCGGCCUCAUUGCGGGUAUUGGCUGCUAUAUCAAGCGCAUUGCUCCUCAUAUCAAGAUCAUUGGCGUCGAGACGCACGACGCAAAUGCAAUGGUCGAGUCGCUGAAAGCCGACCACCGCGUUGAGCUCAAAGAAGUCGGCCUCUUCGCCGACGGUGCCGCAGUAAAGGUCGUCGGUGAAGAGACCUUCCGCCUGUGCAAAGAGUACGUCGACGAGGUUAUCGAGGUCUCCACCGACGAGAUCUGCGCAGCGAUUAAAGACGUCUUCCAGGACACGCGCUCCAUUGUCGAGCCCGCCGGCGCCCUCGCCGUCGCCGGAAUGAAAAAGUACGCCGCGCUGCACCCGCCCACAGACCCCCAGGACUCGCUCUGCGCGGUGCUGUCCGGCGCGAAUAUGGAUUUUGACCGUCUGCGAUUUGUCGCGGAGCGCGCGAGAUUGGGAGAGGGGCAUGAGGUGCUGCUGUCGGUGAUUGUGCCGGACCGCCCAAAGGUAUUUUAUGAGAUGAUGCAGUGCAUCAUCCCACGUGCUGUGACGGAGUUCUCGUACCGUUUCGGGGACGGCGAGAGGGCGAGCAUCUUUAUGAGUAUACUUGUCGGGGACCGGGAAAAGGAGAUUCCAGAGAUAUUAGAGAGCUUUGAGAAGAAGGGGUUUGAGGGAGUUGAUAUCAGCGACAAUGAGUUUGCGAAGAGCCACGGGAGGUAUCUAAUUGGCGGGAGGAUGCCGAAUGGGAUGGAGGACGAAGAGAGGGUGUAUCGGUUUGAAUUCCCGGAGCGCCCAGGCGCACUGUCGAAAUUCCUAGAGCUCCUCCGUCCGGAAUUCAACAUCUCGCUGUUCCACUACCGGAACUACGGCGGCGAUGUCGGAAAGGUACUAGCAGGUAUCCAAGUGCCUCCCGGCAAGCGCGAGGCGCUUGAGCAGUUCCUGGUACAGCUCGAGUACCCAUUUGUGGAUGAGACGGAGAAUGGGGUGUAUAAAAAGUUUAUGACACAGGAGGGGAGGUCUUAG